AUGGCAACCACGCCAGCACAAUAUCUCACCAGCAUGUUCUCCCUCGAGGGGCAGAUCGCCAUCAUGACCGGUGCGACAGGCGGCUUGGGCUCCGCAUUGGCUGGCGCGCUGGCCCAGGCAGGGGUCUCGAACAUCAUUUCCAUUGAAGCCCCCAAUGACCCACUGUCCUCUAAUUUGAAGACUGCUGUCGAAGAAGUCGGAGGUAAAGUGACAGCUUUCCAUUGCGACCUACGAAACGCCAAGAAUCUCCGAGAAUGCUAUCAGUCGAUAUGGAAAACCGGGGUCGAGCCCGAUAUUUUGAUCAAUGUCGCCGGUGUUAUGCGGCGGAAUCUUUGCGAGGAUGCAACCGACGACGAAAUCGACCUGUUGUUCGAGGUAAAUGCGAAAGCAGUUUACAUCUCUAUGCAAGAAGUUGGCCGUAAAUUCAUGGCCCAUAGCAAAGGCGGUAAAAUCAUCAAUAUUGCUUCUGUCACCUCUUACCAAGCCGGGUUCAAUACGAGCGUCUACUCGAGCACCAAGGGCGCCGUGCUGCAGAUGACCAAAGCUUUCAGCAAUGAGUGGGCGAGCAAAGGUAUCCAGGUGAAUUGCAUAGCCCCGGGAUUUAUGAGGACUGCCAUGACCGCUCAAUACCAAGACAACCCGAAGAUGAUUGAAUAUCUCAUGAGCCGAGUACCGGCGCAGAGAUGGGGUGAGCCUCGAGAUCUGGUGCCCGCUAUGCUCUUUCUGGCCGCUCCAUCAAAUACUUUCACCUCAGGGGCAUGUCUGAUUGUGGAUGGCGGAUACUGCGGUAAAUAG